UAUUAUGAUUUCACUUCUCUCACUGCAUAACUUGAUCAAAAUUUUGAUCCCAAAUCCAAAUUUCUUUACUUUUGUUCUUCACCAAAGCACCAUUUUGUGUUACCAUUAAUUUCUUUUUCCAAGGAUUAUUGAAAAACUUCCCUAAACCUCAAAUCUGAAACCAUGAGAAUCCACCCAUCGCCUAAGAAAAGAAACAUUGCCAUCCAAUAUGAGAUGGACCCAAGAUCUGAAGCCGAGAGACCUCGCAAGAAGCUCAGGCGGUUGCCUCACCUCUUCGGCCGCGUUUUGGAACUGCCAUUUAGGUCGGACGCCGACGUGACGGUGGAAGAAAGCUCCGAUCGUUUCAAGUUUGUGGCUGAAACGGACGAGAGGAUUGGCGAUGUCGUGAGGGCUCAUGCGAUGGAAAUCCACCCUGGGGUUACCAGGAUCGUAAUAAGGUCAGAAAAUUUGGUGGAUUUUUGUUCUUUGGAUCAUAUAGUGCUCGACAUGUGGCGAUUCAGGUUGCCGGAGAUGGCACGACCAGAGCUGGCUAGUGCUAUUUACGAGGAUGGGGAGCUUAUUGUGACGGUGCCUAAGGGAGAGCUUGGUGGUGGUGUGAGAAAUGGUAACACUAAUAAUAACAGGUUUGUUCUUGUACAAUAAAACAAUAUGUGAUCUUUGCUGUGUUUUAAUUGCAUGUUCUUUCGUUGUCCUUGUCCAAGAGCUGUUUUUCAUGUAUGGUUAUUAUUCAAUAAAAUGAAGAAAAAUUUCCUUC